UCCUAACCCACAAAUAAGCCAGUGUUGAAACGUGUUCCUGGUCUUGUGUUUUUCUGCGAGGAAUUUUGUUUUUUUUUUCCACUGCGUUGUAUUGUAAUUAAUAAUUUUUGUUCUCGUGAAUAUACAUAAAAUCAACAUUCAAAAUGCCGAAAGUCAGCAGUUCAUCGGGGCCGCCCCGUAAGCAAAAAUUCAACCGUUCCAAUCACUCAAUGAACCCGGAAAGGCCUAAGAGUUCCCUGAAGGGGGUAGCUCACCCUCGUACCCAAGCUACCAUCAAACGACUCCAAAUGUAUCGUAAUUUCAAAGCGAAGAGAGAUAAACGGGGGAAAAUUAUCACACCAGCUCCCUUUCAGGGUAAAGUGGCUUCUGGAACCGUCGCUCGCGUCGAGCCAACCCAGAAAUGGUUCAGCAACUCGCGGGUAAUCUCCCAAACCGCUCUGCAAAAGUUCCAGGAGGAAAUGGGGGCAGCUAUCAAGGAUCCCUACCAAGUCAUUAUGAAACCGUCACAGCUGCCAGUAACUCUCCUCAACGAGGCUGCAAAAUUCCAGCGCGUUCAUCUCCUCGAUACCGAAAGCUUUGAAACGGUUUUUGGUCCGAAAAAGCAACGUAAACGACCUAAUUUGAAGGUGCGUGAUUUAGAGGAUAUGAGCAAAGUUUGCGAGGCAUCGGCCGAGAAAUAUGAUGAAAACAAGGAUGUGGACCUUGUGCGGGAGGACACUGGCGUGAAGGAUGCAGUACGUGACUGGGUAUUCGGGGCUGGGCAGAGUAGACGGAUUUGGAAUGAACUCUACAAAGUUAUAGACUCGUCGGAUGUACUUCUGCAAGUGUUGGACGCUCGAGACCCAAUGGGAACACGCUCGAAGCACAUUGAAGAAUUUCUUCGGAAGGAAAAGCCACACAAACAUUUGUUCUUUAUUCUAAACAAAGUGGAUUUGGUUCCGACAUGGGUGACGCAACGUUGGGUAGCGAUCCUCAGUAAAGAAUUCCCAACAAUUGCUUUCCACGCAUCGCUUACUCAUCCUUUCGGCAAAGGUGCAUUGAUCAAUCUUUUGCGACAAAUUGGCAAACUGCAUGCAGACAAAAAGCAAAUUAGUGUCGGUUUCAUUGGGUAUCCAAACGUGGGCAAAUCGUCCGUCAUUAACGCGCUUCGUAGUAAGAAAGUAUGCAAUGUGGCCCCAAUCGCUGGAGAAACCAAGGUCUGGCAGUAUAUCACACUCAUGAAGAGAAUUUUCCUGAUUGAUUGCCCCGGAGUAGUCUACCCGUCGGCUGAGACUGAUACUGAGAAGGUUUUGAAGGGAGUGGUGCGAGUCGAGCUCGUGACCAGUCCCGAGGACUACGUUGAAACCGUUUUAGCUCGAGUGCGUCAUGAUUACAUAAAGCGGACUUACAAAGUCGACAGUUGGGAAUCAAGCAUUGAUUUCAUUGAACAAUUGGCCAAGAAGACAGGAAAACUACUGAAAGGAGGCGAACCUGAUAUCACAGUAACGGCACGAAUGAUUCUGAAUGACUGGCAACGUGGAAAACUUCCAUAUUAUGUGGUCCCUGAGGGCUUUGAGGUGCCAAAUUCAACUCAAGAGAAAGCAGAGGAAGCUGCCGAUCAAUCGAUGAAUAAAUCGAGUGAAACAGAUCAGCAAAGCAUGUCCGUGAAAGAAGCGAAAGCAUUCAAACAACUCCAAGAUUUCCGUAAAAUCAAGGUCGGUGUCGACUUCAAUCCGGAUGAUAUCAAGGAUCUGGAGGAGAUGGAUUUGCAAGAGCUGGAGGAACAAAAGGCAAAACGAGCAGAACGGGCAAAGAGAAAAGCAGCAAAUGCCGACGGUGAAGAGGAUGAAUCCUCAGAUGGUAUCAGCGAUUUCUACUCGGAAGAUGAAUAUGACGAGGAUUCAGGAAAAGUUGUUCACAAGAAAUCGAAGGCUACUCAGGAGAAAUGCGCAGCUGGUACGUUCCUAGUUGAGGAUAUCGAGACCAGCACGAAAGCACCAUCCGAGAAGAAACUGACAGCAAAACAGAAACGAGCAAUUGAACGGAGUGCGAAGAGAAAGAAGAUUGGAAGUAAUUUCUAUGAAGUUUCUAAUGUUAAAAAUAGGAAUCGUAAUAGGAAAACGUGAAUUCGUUGUGAAAGUUUCAUUUUUUAUAGA